AGAUCGAGUUUCUCAUCUGGUUAACGGACCAUUUUUAAUGGCUGCGUAGUGAGUUCGUCUUGUUCUCGACCGUCUUUCUCUGACUUUUCGAACGCACCUCGGAGCACGAAAAUGGCAGGAAGGUAUCUGGUGACGGCUUUGCGUAGCAGAAGGCCGGCAGGAGUGAGACUUUAUUCUACUCACGAAGACCUGCCACCGGUCCGCUCCAAAAUCGGAAAACGCGAAGUGGUUGGUUAUGGGUUGAAUGGAGAAGAAGCUUACUUAGACCUGGAGGAAUGCCCCAUGCCUGCUAUUCGCUUUAAGGAAAUCACCCCAGAUCUUCAGCUGAUCAAGGAUAAGGAGAAGGCUGACUGGAAAAAACUGACAAUCCAAGAGAAGAAAGAGCUCUACCGUGCGAGCUUCUGUCAGACAUUCGCUGAAAUGGAUGCACCAAAUGGAGAAUGGAAAUCAAUUACAGCUGGUGUUACUGUUGGUAUAGGACUAGCGCUCCUUCUUUUCACAGCUGUUAAAACAUGGGUUUAUCCACCACUACCAGUCACCUUUGAUCAGGAACAUCAAACUGCUCAAUUCGAGCGUAUGAGACAGUUAGACGUGAAUCCGAUCCACGGUAUGAACAGACGUAAUUAAAUUCACGUUUAAUUGUAUCGUAAAGCAACCGGAAAAGAUUCUAGUUUAAGUCAUUGGUAGACAAAAAGUUGUAAUUAUAACAUCUACUUCAAUGUUAAGUAUUCUGUAAUAAUUUGAAAGGCAUUCACGAAAAUCAAAUAAAAUGUCAUUACUCUAUUACAAAGGAA